AUCGCUCGCACCGGCGUCGAACUGCAACGAUCCUCAACGCUGCUCCUCGCUCUUACCUGCUCGGCGUCUGCAUGACCGGUGCGCUUCGUCUUCUGCCUCUCGUUCUCCGCACUCCUCAGCUCUGCUUCUCGAUCAUCUCAUUCCGGGAGUGCAUUGGUGUUGUCAGCGAGCUCUGACGGAGGGAAACCAGCGCUCCGGAGAGUUGCAGUCGAUGGAGAGCGUUGUCCGACGUUGGGGUCGCCGGAACCGUUCUGUGGACUCGGUCGUCGCGGUGGCCUCUUGAUCAGGUGACGCGAUCAUACGUGUUUGCUAUGGCUCGGCGUUUUUGCUCUUGCUGUUCGCUUCCAUUUGCGUUCGAACUUGGUUUUGUGGUGAAACGAUAUGCAUGUCUUGGACUGUAUCCUCUGGCUCUGGCAUUAUCCCAUUCCGUUUCGAAAUUGCGAAAAAAGGAAAAAAGCAGCAGUGUCUGCGUAUUCGUUUGUCGUGCGGAAUCAAGGACAUUAAUUGAAGCAAGCAAUGUGAUAAGUAGAGAUUGGUUUUGAGAGGGGAAAAGAAUGGCUGCUGCGAAUAAGAUCCUCCCUCCGGUCAUAUCCAGGAGGAGAAAAGUGUGUCUUCUUAUCUGGUGGCAAUUUUCCUGGUUGUGUUGAAUUUGAUGUCUGGAUCAUCAUGAUAUCCUCAUUUACGCUAAUUGCAUGGGAUCUCAAUGGGCUAGCGAAUAAAGCGAUUAACUCCGCAAUAUGCCUGAUAUCGUGAAAUCGCUUUGCGAAUAUUGGAGAGACCUUUCUGUCUCAUGACAUUCUUAGGUAGAUACAGGAUGAAGUGGACUCAAAUUGAUUGACAUGAUCUCUAUUGCUGUUACCGUAUUUCAAGGGAAGGCUUAGUUACUCUGUAAUUACCAAGUCUGUUCAUUAACCAUUGAGCCAACUGGAUAAGGUCACUGAGUAUGAAGUCUCUGUGAGAGCCAACUGUCUCUCCGCAAUGUUUAACGUCCUCGCGAUUAAUAGAGAUCAACAGAGCUUCACAUUCUCUCCCAUACCUUACCUGAGAUUUGUGACAAAUUGGACAUGAAGUAAUGCAAAAGGCAACCUUUUCCACUUCAACAAACUUUUGCUCAACCAGGUCACCGAAUCAGGACCCAGAAAAUUCAGUCUUGGCUCUAGUAUCUGGACCAUCAUCCUUGUCGUAGUAUGAAAGAUUGUCCAGAGCCCCAAGUGGUCAGCAAGUCCGCAAAACUUCCCUUUGAGGGAUAUGAUGUCACUCAUGCUACUCCUUCUGGCAACAUGGCACGAUUGAACUUUGGUGGGUCAGCAUUAAAUGUUGUAAAUGGCGAAAACCUCUCAGGAUAUUCGUAUCCCCUCAUUUCACAUACGGUUAAGUCAAAACCCAACCGUCCUGUCAAGUCUUCUUUUCAUCAUGGGGCUUCAAAUGCAGAUAUGGAUGUCUAUCAGUCUGACUUGUCCCAGGCAGUUGUCAAUAAUACCAUUCCCAGUAAAAAGGAUACGCUGGAUUUUUCUUGGUCAGGCAAAGGACCAUAUGGAACAAGUUUUGUACACUAUGACAAGCCCCAUACCUCAAACACCCUAAUUUGUCAAAGGUUACCAUUACAAGCAGAUGAUCGAGGGGGUCAUGUUCCAUCAGUUUCCUUCAGUGGGUGUCCUCGAGUGUAUUGUUUAGGAACAAGUGGGAUUUUGCUACUCAGUAAUACUGGUGUACUGGGUAUUGUUUGUUCAUGCCACUACUCCCAUAUGUCCGUCUCCAAGUUCUGUAAGCAUUCAGGGUCAUCUGAUGCUAACCCUGGGGAUGUGGUUCUUAUGGAUAACGGACAGACCAUAGCUCAAUGGCGUCAGCUAUACUUUGAAAAGUUUGGGAUUAUGUUUCCAGAAGACCAGUGUUGGUGGGACUGGCCUGAAGGGUUAUCUGGAACUACUGGCUUGGUUAAUUCUAGCUUGUUUAUGCCCCAAUGUAGUAGCCCAAGCGUCUGUCAGUUGGCUGGUUCACGUGGAUGUCUAAUGGGGCCCAGGAAGCAUUCUGUCAAUGUUGUAUCAUCAAAUGACCAGCGUGCUGCUAAGAAUUUUGCCAUUGACGGGUCACAAAAGAAAUUGCAGAGAAGCAUUCAGGGUAGAAACACCCGUCUUUCAGAGGGAUUGCUGUACAGUUUGGACCAGAAUCAGCAUGCUGCAAGAGAGAAUGAAAAAUUGGAAAGUCAAAGGUCAAGAUGUUUCAGCGCAUCUAGUUCUCUUGCUGGAAAACCAGAUAAUGGGAGCCAAUCUUCCUGUUGUAUUGGCUCCAUCAGGAAAAUUGCAAUUGCAGCCAAUGGACUUCCUUCUUUUCAGAAAUCAAGAAACCUGGCUGAAGAUUCGGGGAUUAGAUUCAGUGGGAUGAGAACUGCAAAUGAUUGUGUUUUGUUGGAUAGAGAUCCUGCUGCUUCAAAGGUUGAGUUGGGACUUGGGCAACCACAUGAGCAAAAUCGGAGGACUUCAGGGAAUUCAUUCCAAUCUUUCAUGGGCUUAGGAUGUUUAGACUCAUUGUAUAAUAAGUCAGAGACAUCCCAUGAGCAAAUGUUACAUAGUUUGGCAACUGCUUGUGAUAGGGAGGAAUCUUGGAAGAGUCUUAAAAAUGGCACGAGCUCAUUGAGUGCCUGUGCAAGAAAAGAAAGACAGGUGGACCGAGGGAAUCUCUCCUAUAGUGUGAAUAAAGCAGUCCAUAAUCAUAUUGAAAUUGGUGAAGGACAUAAAGACAAGAGCUCAGAAAUUUCCUUGUUUCAACAAUCUACUAAUAUUUUUGGGAGUGGACUAUACAAAGAUUCAAAUGACAAUAUGAAAGGCUGCUGCGAAGUAGUUAAGCCUGUGUUAUGGCAUUCCAUCUCUGAUACUGCUAAGCGUGAUUCAGUUGAUGUUCGCCCAACUUUUUAUUAUGGUUCAAAAGUGCCAUUUGACAACUCUGGUGUGGCUUUUCAUAGAGUUGUGGACAAAGGAAAUGUUGUUAAAUGUCUUUCUGAUUCCUCUGGCCUUCCAAAAGAAUCAAGGUUUACGAUUCAUGGAAAGGAGGAAAAUGUAGCUGCUUUUACUGGUUUUACGGUUGGAAGUUCAGCAAAGAGGAAUCACUUUUCAGAUAAAUUACUUGAUCAGCCUCAAGAUGCUGCUUUUAAUAGAGAGAGUAAUAGUCUCGGGAAGAAGUUCCCCUCACAUGGUAGUGUUCAUAAUGGUGACAACUUCCUCAAGCCCAUGAUGUCGCCCAUGUGUUUUAGGGUCAUUUCGCCAUUGCAAGCAUCAUCAUCGAGCUGCCAUCUGGAGCCAAAUAUGAACCCAACUUUGUCAAAACAAGAAGGCAUUAACACUACCUCAUGUCUACUUGAUGACAAUAUGAGAUUACUUGCACUGAGGCAAAUAUUAGAGUUAUCUCAACAGCAUCGAGAAAUUUUGGGGUUAAUGAGCCAUGGUCAUGAGGGGUACAGUGGCUCUUCUUCUUUCCAAAUGCAACAGACUCUUGUUGAUCCAAUAAAAGUAGCUGGAGAGGAGGGGACGCAAUCUACUUGUAGACAGAACGAUUUUGAGGUGGACACCACCUCACUGCCAGUUGUUGCUACUAACAGGAUGUUCGGUGUUCCUCCUGAAACUGGUCAGGACUCAAUGGCUACAGCAAGUUUAUUUUCACUAGAAGCUAAUACGCGGUGUCAAACUCCACAGGGGCCUCUACAACAUAAACAGCCCUCACCAAGACUUAACCAAUCUGAGAGAAUAUUCCCUACACCAACCAUUGUUGAGAGAUGCUGUCCCAUUUUGGGAUCUAUGUGUUCCCCGAGCAUUUCUGUAGGUGCUAGGCAGAUGAAACAUCCAAGAGGAAGUUUUGAAUUUCAAGCUGACAGAACUUCCAAAGAAUGGACAGAAAGGGCUGGUGGCCAACCUCACAUGUUUGUUGCUGCAGAAAAUGUCAAAGAUAAGGCUCGUUUGGAGGAGAAGCAUGUAGCCUUAGAUCAGACUGUUGACUUGUCAAGGAAGAUUUUUGGGAGCAGUGUCAAUUUGUCUGUUCAAUGUAGUAAUGGUACUAGUGAGGUGGAAGGGAAGGGCAAUACAACGUGCAUGGACCAUGCGGGACAUUUGGUGGGUGGAAGAGGAAAUGAAGUCCAGCUUGAUAGGGCUGAUAAAUGCUUUGAUAUGGCUGAGCAGACGGUUGACUCUAUGAAAGAACAUGAAAAAUCUAUUGUUUCUUCUGGAUGCCAUACCCCUGCAGUGACUCAAGCAUCAAUUGCAGCUAGCACUGCUAGCACUUGUGCCGUUGAUGCUCAACAUGUUGAAUGUGCAAAUCAAGAACGUGAAAAAUCUAUUGUUUCUUCUGGAUGCUCUGUCCCUGCAGUGACUCAAGCAUCAGUUACAGUUAACAAUGAUGGCACUUGUGCUGUUGAUGCUCAGCAUGUUGAAUGUGCAAAUCAACUUGUAGUUGAUGAAGUAUCACGUGUUGAUCAAUGCUGCUCACCUGAUCACCAUUCUGAAAGCAAAGGAAGUGCUGAGUUUCAUUGCACCAGUCCUCAGGCCAAUGCUAAAAGAGUUCCUUCAGAAGUAACUAGUGAUCACUUGUCUAAUAAUCUUCUAGGUGAACUGAAGUUCUCGGGUUCCUUGACAGGGAACAAAGGUCGAAAUCGCAUCCAUGAUGACCUUCCUGUUCAUAAAAGGUCAAAGUAUCUGCAUAAACCAAAGACUCUGUUAAAGAUUCGGAAGAGACGGAGGGUGAUGAAGUUGAGUGAACUUGGGUCAUCUUUUUCCCCUGCAGAACAAACUAUAAAAACAAUAUUUGCUGGUUGUGAAGACCAUGACUCUUGCUUGUUCGAGGACAAACAGAUGUUUCUCCAUUCUGGCCAUCAAGCAUCAUGUUCAGAUGAUGAUUGUUUUUGUAGAACCAAUGUAAGGUGCUACCAAUCUCCCUUAGGUCCCUCAAAAUUAUCAUCCCAGAAAAGAAACCUGCAGAGAAUAUGCAAUGACGAGGAGGUAAGGAAUAAACAAGUAGCACUGAGAGAUCACAUUAAUUAUGGUAAAGAUCCCCUAGUUAGAUGUGUGAAGAAGUUCAGGGGAAUAAGUGCUAGCGAUGCGUCUGGGCAGCCAGAAUUGAAUGUGACAUGUCAUGACAAUGCUGAGAAGUUUCCUGAGCACAAAUCAAUUGGUUUCAGAAGGGCAUCUCCACUGCAGGUCAAUGCUGGUCGAAAGACGGCAAAGCCUAUGGUAUAUGGGCUAUAUGGUGAAAUAUGUAGUGAAGACUUUGAUUUAUACGUGUCAAAGCCAGCAAAAAUCGUUUCACUGAGCAGGAUUCUCAAAAAAGCGAGAAAAUGUAGAGCACUUGGAAUCCGUGGGGAUAUGGUAGCAUGCACGAGUGGGUUGAAAAAGGCUGCAUAUGGAGGAAGUGAUGCAUCGGCCAAUGAAAUAUCUAAUUUGGUGCAAAACGAAGACAGUAAAAGCCAUGAUAUUCGAUCCUGCAAACUGUUAAAACGUUCUGCUGCAAAAGCAUCAGUUAUUGCAUGCCUGGAAGAAGAAGACGAGUUAUGUGCUGGAAAAUGUGGGAAAAAUAGUGUUCUCAGUACUCACGCUCAACAGGAAUCAAAGUUUGGGAGAGUGCGGGAGCGUACACGUAGCCUUAAUGAGCUAUCUUUGCCAGGAGUGAGCGACAGUUCCAAGAAAUUUUCCCUGAAGAAUAGCAGAACUGUGACAACAAGGAGAUUGAGUAAAAUCUUGAAUGAUACUGAGAUAGCAAGAGUUCCUGCACGUGGGAUAUCCAAUGUUACCAAUAUUAAAUGCUAUGCUGAGCCGGAUCAGGCGUCUAAUUUGGAUGCUGAUGCAUUUUGCUGCAUAUGUCGAAGGUUGAAGCAAGACAAAGCUAAUUGGUUGUUGGAGGGUAGCCAAUGCUUGUUCCGAGAUCUACUGCAAAGUGAGGUUGAAGGUGUCAAUGGCAAGAAUGUUCAUUUCCAUGGGAGAUGUGCACAUCAUGAUAAAGAUGUUGAUUGUAGAUCCACAACCAUUGGCGUUUCUGAUUUCGUCUGUUCUGGAGUUAUCUUAAGAUGUGCUCGGACAGAGGGUUACAAGGUAAGGAAACGGUAUAAUGUCGUCAGUAAUCGCCAUGGCCUUUACCAAGGCAAGUGUGGAAGCCUUGUUCCCCAGGACCAGAUCAAUGCUUGGACUCACAUUCAUGGUCAGAAGAAAUGCUCCCAGGCCAUCUUACAGCUGCCACACUCAGUUGCAGAAUCUGAUUGCCGAAAAGAAUAUGGCCGUUACAAACAGGCAAAAGGUUGGAAGCGUCUAGUAGUGUACAAGUCCGGCAUACAUGCCCUAGGACUUUAUGCCUCUCAGUUCAUCUAUACAGGAGAAAUGGUUGUUGAGUACAUCGGUGAGAUUGUUGGGCUACGUAUUGCUGAUAAAAGAGAGAGCGAGUAUCAGUCUGGGCGAAGAAUUCAGUGCAAGAGUGCUUGUUAUUUUUUUAGGAUAGAUAAGGAGCACAUAAUUGAUGCUACACGAAAAGGGGGGAUUGCUCGUUUUGUCAACCAUUCUUGCCAGCCGAACUGCGUCGCCAAGGUGAUUUCAGUGAGAGAUGAGAAAAAGGUGGUUUUCUUUGCAGAUAGAGAUAUUCUUCCUGGGCAAGAAAUCACUUAUGACUACCACUUCAACCACGAAGACGAAGGCAAAAAGAUUCGGUGUUAUUGCAAGUCGAAAAACUGUCGGCAUUAUUUGAAUUGAUGGUCUGUAAAUCAUCUAUAUCACACACUUGUAAAGUUUGCAAGACGCUUGAAUAACAUCAGUUCUCAACUAUUUUCUU